GGACGAGGCGCGGACGCGGACGCGACGCAUUCACGCGACUCGCGAUCGCGAUCAUGACGCGAAACGAACCCGCGGAGGACGCCGGCGCGAUCGCGACGACGACCGCGAGGGGAAUCGCGUCCGACACGCAACGCGUCGGGCUGACCGCGAACGCGGCGAACGCGUCGGAGGCGCCCAUCAGCGCGGAAGAUCUCGCGACCGCGGCGGAGCUCUUCGGGUUGCGCCACGCUCAGGAGGCGCCCACGGGCGAGGGCGAGAGGGAGGCCGCGUCCGGGGUCGCGCACGCGCGCGCGGACGCGACGAUCGAGACGGACACGCCGCCGUCGACGGAGGCGAACGCGCCCGCGCCCAAGGCGACGACGACGCGCGAGACGAGCGGGAAAGAAGGAGGAGAAUUGGCCGCCACGAGCGCGUCGCUGGGGCACUCGUCCGGGGCGACGACCGCGAGCCUCGCGACGACGUCUGAGGCGACCGGGAUCACGAACGCGACGAACGCGACGACGACGACGGGGGGCACCGCGCGAAGAGGAGGGCACGGGCGCGCGCAUCCGGUCAAGUUCAAAGGUUGCUGCCUCGUCGACAAUUGCGAAAACCCGCGGAAACAGAUGCUCCAGAGAGCGCGAAUGUACCUCACGUGCGCGGAGCACGCGCGCGCGAAGAUGGUGAUGUUCAAAGACGAAGAGUGCCGCGAGUGCCAGGCGUGCCGGACGUUCCAUCCGCUGAGUGAAUUCGACGGACUCAACAAGACGUGCGAGACGCGGCUGUCUCGGAAAAAGGUGAGAUAUCGCGCGCGGACGCAGUCGGGCGCGGUGUCUGGCGGGACCGUCGGUUCAGGGGGUAUGCCGCCGCUCAGUGGCGCAGGGAGUGUGGGCGCGGGAGGAGGAGGAAACGCCGCGAAACGGCCGCGCGUCGGGGGUUACAACGACGGCGAUCACACCGCGACGACGCCCGGCGCGGCACUCGCGGAAUCGCCGCUGUACUGGCCGCCGUACGGCGGCGCCCCCGGCGGUCUGGGCACGUUCCCCGGGUCCGGUCCCCCGGUGUCCUCGGACGCGGCGUGGAUCAUCGCGGAGGCGUCCGCGGAGGCGUUCCGAGCGGCGGUGCAGCGAUCGGUGGCGAACGCCAUGGGCGCCGGCGCCGGCGGCGCCGGCGCCGCGCCGGGGUCAGUCGGCGGCGGAAACGGGUUACCCGGCGGCGCUCACGCGAUGGGAGCGUUACCCGGCGGUGUUCACGGGUUACCCUGCAUUCUCGGCGGCGCCCCGGCGACGGACGCGUUAGCGGGCAUCCCGGGGGGGGCGCACGGCUCCGCGGUGAUGAACUUGGAGUGGAUGCGCGUGAAUCAACUUUUAGGGAUGGCGCAACAGUUCCAAGCGCAGCAAGGCGCGGAGGGGUCCAACGGGGUGUUUCCGCCCGCCCCGCCGGGUCCGGACGUGGGGUCGGGUGGGAACGGCAGCGCGGGCGCGCCGGGGUGCUGCGUCAUGUGAUCACCGGGGGCGGGGUUGGGAGUACGGCUGGCAGUCUAAAAAAGUUGUGGACUGCGGCGACGAAGAUAUUUUCUUUCUCCAUGAGAUGGCGGCGACGCCUUCGAGGGCGCCAUCCGCGAUGGUGCGCGCACCGAAGGGUUCAAACAUCAGCGUCAAACGACGCUCGUGCGUAGCUGUAGUUCAUUUUUCAAGCACAAGAGAAGAACGCCU